AGCUGAAAUCGUAUCAAGCUCAUGUAACUACUACAGACGACCACAAUUGGACCAUUAAUCUGUCAAGUCAUGAGCUGGUCUCGGGAACAUGGGACCAAUCGACACCUCAAUCCAAAGGAGGAAAAAAUUGAAAUCCGAGAGGCGUUGAAGAGAUCGACUCGUCGGAAGUCGUCCGCUCCGAUCAUGGCGUAUAAAGCCAUCCGAUCUGAUACAGCCCCCUCACCCACAAGAGAGCUCGAAUGGCCAGAAGAAACAAAUAAAGAGCCCGCGACUGAAGAGGAUCGCGAGGAAAGAACGAGAAUCCUAGAAGCUCUCAGAACUGCAAAAAACCUGCCCUCUUUAUUCGCGGUUUUGAAGGUAGCGAACGAAUUCAUUUCCACCGAGAAACGACGCCAGCUAUCGGCGUACGAGCAGAGAUUGCUGAGAGACGCCACCGUUGCGAUUCCUUACCUUAUGUACAAGGAAACUGUGGAGCAUUUAACGCGACCUCUUUCAUUCGGUGGGCUUGCUUUCUCAGUUGCGAAGGCAAAACAAAUCUCCGAGCAGCUAUUUAAAUCAAUUGGGCCUGCAUGCUGCUUUCAGUAUAUGACGGAGAGUACGAUAACCAGGGAAGCAUUGCACGCUGCACUAACAAAUCGUCGUGAACGCACUCUGAACAAAAUGCCAUCAAAUCUACAAGUUGUUUACCGCCCAAAUUCCGAAGGCGAUAGUAAGGGCUACACCACCGAAGGAGAAAAUCAAAAUGGGAGCAUCCCCUCCAUCAAGCGUUGUUCCGACUCGAUCACCGACCUUUUUCGCAUAGCGACGACGGGGCCCAGAACAUUGGGGGCAACGGAAUCCAGGCCCUUGUUCUUCAAAUCUUUGCAAACCCAUUCUCCCUGCCAAAAUUCAGCUGCCUUCGCAGCUUCCUCGGCCUUUGUCCCCUUGGAUUUCUUGUUUCCAAAAACAUUAAGAGCGGUGACCGACGGACGAGCAAUUCCAUUUGGUACUGGUUGGAAGGCGGUUGCGUGA